CACAAUCUUAAUAAAUAUUUAAAGAAGAGGUAUCCCAGAGGUAUCACCGGGAAUAAGCGGAUAAUCUUAUUCCUUCAAAGUUUAGAAAAUUUCUGUGUAACGUGUGCGGUUUGAAAGCUUGUUAUCAUUGAAAAAUGGAAACCGACAGUGAAAGGAUCAGGAAACGUGCUGAAACAGCACUGGCCAUUGCGAAAGAUUUUAUACUGGACGAGGAGGAUGAAGAUAUAGAAGAUGAGAAUGAAGCCGAGGAUUGCCAUUCAGAUGACGCACUCAAGGACGGAAUUGACGACACAUUUGAUGCGGGUGCCACAUACAACAGGGAACAAAAGGAGCUGUCUGACACGAAAAUAGACUCGGAAGAAGAGAAACAUGGCAAAGAUGACGAAACGUUACAAGAAAAGAAAAAAUGGCUUAGCACUAUAGCUGGUAUCAUCAUUCGUCCUAUAGGGGCCAGGUUCAAAUGGAAUUUGAAUUUUAAUCUAGAUAUACAGGCAUCCAAUAAGAAAAGAAACCCAGCAAAAAAGAAAUCUACAGAUUCUAAUCGUUGCAACGAUUCGUCAAUCGUAUCGCAACCAACCGAAGUUAUUACCAAGGAUAAAAAGGCAAUAAUUGACGAUGCUGCAAAAAUACAAAAUUUGACCAAAGAAAAUUAUAGGCUUGUUAAAUUAGCGGACAUUUUUCUUGAUGAGUGCAUCCUGUUGAGAAACAAAAAUGAUCAUUUUUGUGAGGAAGUAAAUCGUUUACGAACAGCUGAAUAUGAUCUUGAACGUUCGAGAGAAGGAUUAGAAGCACAUUUGACUGAAAUCAAGAAACUCGAAACAGCUCUCGGAGCGGCUGAUGCAGAGUUAUCGAUGAUAAAACAAACGUUUGAGAAAAGGAACAUGGAAUUUCAACGCGUGGAACAAGAUUACAAACUAUUGACUUCAAAGUAUGACGAAUUAGCGUCAGAGCUAACAAUGGGCAAGCAAGAACAUAACCGAAUACUGGCAGAUUUACGGCAACAAUUACAAAAUAUGGCGAAUGAGAAAUCCGUGAUGAUAACCAAAAAUGAGAGCAUCAUAAAAGAGAUUAUAAAAGAGAAGAAUAAAACCGAGCUAAACUUACACAGAGCUGAAUCAGAAAUUCGCACACUGCGCCAAAGAGCGGAGGAAUUACAAAGGGAAACGGCGGAAGGACAAAUCAAGUCGAAGGCAUAUGAACAAAAUAUUCAACAGCUUCAACGUGCAAUUGCGGUCAUCGAAUCGAAUCAAUCAUCCAAUACUACUAGAGAAAACAGUAACGUUUCGUUUCCAUGUCCUAUAUGUGGGGAGCUGUUUAAAUUUCUUGCAGACAUGCAACUACACGUAGAAGAUUGCAACAAUUAAAAUUAAAUCAUUAAAUAAAUCCAGCCCAAAUAAGUAUUUCUGCAUUCGACGUGGCGCGGGGCGACCACAGAUCGAUCGCCCGACUUGAUUCAUCUAAUUCUUUGUUUCAUCAGUGAUGAUCGCUAGGCCGCAACGUUCGUGAAGCUUUCGACAAAAGCAAACCCGUUACUUUCUUUUUCGGGGCUGGGAACUAAAUUUUACUUUUACCUAAAUGUAUUAGACAAGAAGGAGGCGUCGAAGGAGGGCUAAGACGUGGGGAUCUGGUUACUUGAAGUGAUCGUUAGAUGAGGUGGAAAUUAUGUGUGUAUUGUGUAAAGUGCACAAUUGGCACCAAUUAUAAUAGCCACAGGGACGCUGUCAAAUUACUGUAAAAGGGGAUUUUCAAAUAAAUAUUGACAAAUUAAUAGAAAACUAGUUUGAAUAUCAUAAUUUCUGUACAGCGCUCAAAACAAUUGCAUGCAAGUAAUUCAAAUUGAAUUAAACCACUGGCUGCGUUGCACCUACUUGUCAUGGAGGAAAGGAGGUGUUACCUUGCGAUAAGGCGCCAGUAGUAUAUGUGAGUGUAGUUUACGAGCCUUCCGGAUGGUCAGUACGAGAGAAUCCCCGCCGACAAGUUCUAUACUGAGAUGACCAUUUGCGGCGAUGCUGGAGAAUAUGCUGAACGUGCUAUCACAGAACAAACUGCUUACUGAUUGGCGGAGAAUUAACAACCAUGAUUUCGGACAACUGCUAGUAUAUUAUAAGAAAAAUGAGGUU